CCCUAGACUAUUCACAUAUUCAAUUCCCUCUCCCUAGCUAGCUACCUCUUCUUAUUAUAUAAACCUUCUUCCACCAAACCUGUUUCUUAUACCAACACUCUCAGCUAGCUCUUAACAGGUUUUGAUCAGUUCCUAACAUGGAGGAGUCUCAGUACUUGAUGUGGAUCAAGAGAAAACAAAUCCUGAAGUCACAUAUUCAGCAACCAUUUGGAGCCAGCAACAACUCUUCAUGGGAGGAAAGGGCUUUUGCAGAAGAUGCUGCUAGGAUACUUGGAGGGUGCAUAUGGCCUCCAAGAUCUUACUCAUGUAAUUUCUGUAAGAGAGAGUUUAGGUCUGCUCAGGCUCUAGGGGGCCACAUGAAUGUGCACAGGAGGGACAGGGCUAGACUCAAACAAAGUCUUAGUCCCCGUAAUGAACAUCAUCACAAAAAUGAUUGUACAAAUUCAACAAGCAAAGUCUCAUCUUCUAGGCCUUCAACUAUAUCCACCCAAGAAAAUUGUUAUCAGCCUACCAUGUCUGCUUCAAUUAACUGGGGAUAUCAUGUGGGGUCUCCUGAUUCAGAACCAAAAAGGUCAGUGAAUAUUGCAAGGGAAGAAGCUUUAAAAGGUUUGGGUUGUAAUGAUUAUGUUGAAACAAGUUUGUCUGUGGGACAAAGUUCGGUGUUUGGCCAAAAGUUACCAAUUACUUCAUGUGAGGACGAAGGCAUCUGUUACAAAAGAUCAAAGACUUCUAUACCUUCUUUGCCUGUCUUCCUCAAGCCAUGCUCAAAUGAUAGACACCGAACUUUUCAGUCUGCAGAAUUUGUACUUGGACUUAAGCCGGGAAUGGAAGACUUAGAUCUUGAACUCAGGCUGGGGAAGCCACAGAAAGUUAAUUAGUAUAUAGGACAAAGAGAAGAAGUUGCAAUGGAAUGGAAUGUCAGUGUUUCCCUUUUUUCUUUUCUCUCCCCUUUCCUAUUAGGGGUUCAUAGAAAAUAGGCAAGAACCUUCUUCUUCGCCCAACUAAACCUUGAGUAGAAUUCUUAGGUUUAUUUUCACCAGAUGUUAAAUUUCAAUACUAAUGUUAUAUCUAGUUUC